AUGCCCAGCUUGAGGCUGUUUCCUGCAAAGCUCCCGCAGGCGACUAUUGCUAACAAAUUCACAAUUCCAGUCCUAGAAAGAGAAAACCAUUCUUCUGAGCCACACGGAAGCGUAUUGAAAACUCCUUUGAAACAAGCUGCUACCUCACAUUUGGUAUUGACAGAGAUACAGCCUGACUGUCAGCCUCUAACCACACCCCCAAAACCUAAAGAAAUCCUUCCAGCAGAUCCAUGGACGCCUACUUCGAACCUUAAAAUGCUGAUUAGCGCAGCUAGUCCUGAGAUUAGGAGCAGAGAACAGAGAAGGGAACUGUCAAACAACACAAGUGAGGUCCUACAGGCGAAACACUGUUUGCAGGAGCACUUAUCAGGAGAUGAGUAUGAAAAAUCUCAACCAAGUCGCAAAGAGAAAAGUCUAGGAUUACUGUGUCAUAAAUUCUUAGCUCGAUACCCUGAUUACCCCAGCACUGCAGAGAAUAAUUACAUUUGCCUUGAUGAAGUAGCUGAAGAGCUCAAUGUUGAACGUAGACGCAUAUACGAUAUUGUGAACGUGCUAGAGAGCCUACACAUGGUGAGCCGCCUUGCCAAAAACAGAUAUGCUUGGCACGGGCGACAUAAUCUCUCCAAAACCCUGCAGGCUUUGAAAAAAGUUGGAGAAGAGAACAAAUACACACAACAAAUUCAGAUGAUCAAGAAAAGAGAGUAUGAGCAUGAAUUUGAUUUCGAUGGUGAAAGAAAUGAAGAAAUGGCAAGAUCUUAUGGCUCAAAUGAGCAUUCAGAAAUGUCUUUUGUCGAGCUCCCAGGAAUGGAAUUUCGUGCUGCAUCAGUAAAUAGCAGGAAAGACAAGUCUUUACGAGUGAUGAGUCAGAAAUUUGUGAUGCUGUUUCUUGUAUCGACUCCACAAAUAGUAAGCCUUGAAGUUGCUGCUAAAAUCUUGAUUGGAGAAGACCAGUUAGAAGACUUAGAUAAAAGCAAGUUUAAAACCAAAAUUAGGAGACUUUAUGACAUAGCAAACGUCCUCAGUAGCCUUGAGCUUAUCAAGAAAGUUCAUGUUACAGAGGAGAGAGGUAGAAAACCAGCGUUCAAAUGGACAGGACCUGAGGUCUUGCCAAAUAUUCAGGAUACAAAACUUGAAACAACUUCUACGACCUGUCCCCCACCUAUUUCAGAAUCCAUCACUUCCAAAGAUCAGUGUUCAAAAAACCUUUUUCCUUCAAGAGGAAAGCAAAACUUCACUCGGCAUCCUUCUCUAAUAAAGUUAGUUAAAAGUAUAGAAAACGACAGAAGAAAGAUCCAAUCUGCUCCGACCAGUCCAGUUAAAAUAAGUGCAAGUACUGAUCAAAACUUAUCAGCUUUCCCAAGUAAAAUGGCUCAGGUUCCAGCAAUCGCUAAACAUCAGCUGGAAGGACAAUCAAAGAAAGCAAAAGAGGAGAUGAAAAUGAAAUUGUCAAGAUCUGCUUUGGAAUGUAAUCUGUCCUCACCUGAGGUAGUCCCCAAGCCCGAACCUCCUCGCACCGCAGCACCCUCUCAGCAGUCAGCUCUCACACAGCCACUCGGUGUCUGUCCUCCAAGCCACAGUUCAGUCCCACCAGUAAUACUACCUCAUACUCAUUCUGGUGUUUCAUAUGCGAUAUAUCUGCAUCCUUCUCAAGCCCACACUGUGACAACAUACAGCCCAAGUUUCAUGUUGCAGACUCUGCCGUGUGCUAAUGUAACUGGAAUUAAGAGUAUUAAUUCAAAAGUAUUAAAUAAAAUAACCACUGAGGAAGGGGACAAUCAGAUAGCUACAGAUGAUCCAACAAAGUCCUUGACAGCUAAGGACAGACCGACUAGAAAAUCAGAAACUUCAUCACAGCGGUGCCUUAAAAGAUCACAAGCAUUACAAGAGAAUAAUUUAAUUAAAAGGUAUAGAAGUGAUGAGGAAAGCCUUGAUACUUCUCUGGGAGAAUCCAUUAAAAAUGAAAGACCACCUCCCAAUAGCUCACAAAUGAAUCACAAAAUGGACAAUUUCCAGGAAGAGGGACAGAACAAAACCAAAACGUUAGAUCAGAACAUGGCAAGUUGCUAUGACCAAUGUAAAAGAGAAGAUAUUGCAGAAGAUGAGGACAAAAUCAAAACUAAACAAGACAUACCUGUAGCAUUUGCCAUUCCUGCUCAUGAGACUUUUUUUCCAUCUGGCUAUCUUAUUCCUCUUACUCAGUGCACCCAUGGCAACAAGGCGGGCUUUUCUGAUAAAGAGAAAGCCGGGAUAUGUUCAUUACAGCACACGACCUACAGCUCACCCAUUGCUAGUGUCAUUCCAGUGACAGCAUCUGAACUGAAAGCAGUUAACAUUCCUGCUUUUCACAUAACACCCUUGAAUAUAAUGCUGUCACCAACUUCUAUAGCUGCUGCACCUGUACUGAGCAACUCCUGUCUCAAUUCAAGCAGUACCAGUUCUGCCCCAAAUUCAAAUUCUUCAGUUCUGAACUUUACACUGCAACACGUAGGACUAAUACCUGCUGGCGUGCAAGUUCCUGCAAAUCCUGUUCUUCAGCACAUGCCAGUCUCUUCACAAUCAGAAAAUGUUAGCCAUAGCUCAGAAAACAUGAACUUGCAAGAAGAGAAGCCUUGUGUUCCAAAGGAACCCCAAGAGCCCCCGACAGUUACAGAAAAUUUUUUCCGCACACCAGGAGGGCCGAACACAGUCUCUUCACUAUCUGCAAUUUCAGAUGCUACCGACAGAAUCUCUCAAGGAACUCUGUAUAUUCCUCAACGAAAACUUGAAGUGUCAGAAGACUAAUUUUGGGAUAUCGAAUUGCUGAAUGUGUUAGCAGGCAUAAUUACUGGUAACACGCUGCACACGUCUUGGAUUGUAUGAUGGACAAUGUGUGUUUUGGACGUGUAUUGGCAAGACCUCAGUACUGGAAUAGCCUUAAUUAAUGCUUUAGAAUUAAAACUGGCUCUUAAUGAGAAAGUUAACGUCUA